AUGUAAUAGAAAAACUAUAUAUAAACAAAUAAGAAAAUUACAUAUGUAAUAGAGGAAUUGUUAGGAAGUGGGACAGGUGGAUAUGUUUAUAGAGCAUAUAACGACACAAAUUUAAGGAAAGAAUAUGUUGCUUUGAAAGUUUAAAAUUUUUUGGAUUAAUCAGAAAAAUAAACUUUAGAAACACUUAAAGGAAAAAAAUUGAAUCACGUUGUGAAUGUAUUGGAUUUAGAUUCUUAUAAUAAUUAAAUUAUCAUUAUAAUGGAUUUAGCUAAUGGAUCCUUUCAUGAAUUUUGGAGAAACUCAAAUAUAUAAGAUGUAUAAGAAAUUUUACACUAUUUUCUUUAAGUAAUUAUUUAAUAAAAAUUUUAAGAUUGUUAUAGGAACAUAAGAAUUACAUAGUUUAUCUUUAAUUCAUCGAGAUUUAAAAUUAGAAAAUGUAGUUUAUAUGGAAGUAAAUAAUAAAAUGCAUUUAAAAUUAUGUGAUACUGGAUUAAUGAGAUAAAAGGAUGGGAGGAAAACAGUCCGUGUAGGUACACCAUAUUACAUGCCACCUGAAUAAAUCAAUUAAUUUAUUUAUGAUGAAAAGGUUGAUAUUUGGGCAUUAGGAAUGUUACUAUAUGAAAUGUUAGCCAAAACACCUAUGGUGAAUGGUAAUAAUUAAUAUUUAAUUUAUAAGGAAAUAGUAUUGAAGAUUUAUUACAAAAGAUAAUAAAUAUAAAAUAAGCUUACAUUAAUUCUCAGAUAGAUUUUCUACCUAUUCCAAAUCAAGAAUAUUCAUAGGAAAUUAAAAUUUUAUUAAAAUAGAUGAUAAAUAUUACAAGUAGUUAAAGAAUAAAAGCAGAAGUGAUAGUAUAAAAAUUGAAAUUAAUUCUGAAAAUUAAUAACAGUUAAUAGAAUAAUGAUAAUUAAAGUCCUAAUAGUUAAAUUGACUCUACUAUUAAAGAAUAAAUUAGAUUAGAAAUUUAAAAAGAACUUGAAUAAAAGUAAAAAGAAGAGUUUGAAAAAUUAAAAGAAUAACAAACUUAAGAAUUAGAGUAACAAAAAGUUGAUAUAAUGGAAUCCUAUCAAAAAUAAAUGAGAGAUGAAAUAUUAAAAAUUUAAAAAGAAUGUGAAGAGUAAUUAAGAAUUAAAUUUGAAUUAGAUCUAAAAAACAAUGAGUAAAAAUUAUAAUAAUAACAUAAUUAAUAAUUAAUAGAAUUGAAUGAGAAGCAAUAAGAAGAACUUAAAAAUAAUCAAGCUAUAGAAAUGUAAAAUUUGAGAAAAUAAAUGGAAUAUGAAUAUUAAUAAAAUUUAGAAAAACAAAUAACAUAAAAAGAAUAAAUUAUUUAAAAAAAUAUGGAAGACUAGAUACAAAUGUAAUUAAAAAAUAAAGAAUAAUUUCUUAAAAUCUAACUUUAAGAAUAAUUAUAAAAAUAUUAUUAAUAAGAAUUUGAAUAAAAAUCAAGGGAUUUUGCAAAAUUCUAAAAUCUAAUGUUAAAUAUUCAACAAAAUAUAAUAAAAAAUAAAAUGCUAAUUGAGGAGUAAUUAAAAUAAUUAUAAUAAUAAUAAUAAUAAUAACGUAAUCCAUCCAUAAAAUAUCUAAAAUAUAAUUAAACCUUUUAAACUUAGUUAUAAAAUAAAUUAAAUUAAUUAUAAUUAUUAAGUUAAUAACUACCUUAAGUUAAUAUAAAUUUUAAUUAAUAAUAAACUAAAUACUGUAAUUAAGUUGAUGAAAAUCUUAAAAAAUUAACUUAAAUUAUAAAUAGUUAAUAAGAUAUUUUGAAUGUUGAGAAUAUUGAAAAUUUUAUUAAAGAUAUCAAUAAUUAACUCAAAUAAAUAAAGGAUGACUAAUAAAAGUAAUCUAUAGAAUAAGAAUAACAAGAAUAUAUGGGCAUAUAAAUAGAUUCUGAAGAUUUUAUUGAAAAAUUAUAAAAUAGCACUUAAAAUUUAGAAUUAAAAUUAUAAACACUUAAUAUAGAUUUUGAUCUUUUAUUAAAAAAAGAUAAUGAACUAUUCGAAUAAUAGUAGAGUGUAAAUAAAUAAUUUUAUUAAAUUUAAGUAGAAUUUAAACUUCUUUAAGAGAGUGUAGAGAUUUCAAAAAAAGUAUAAACUCAACUUCAUGAAGUUAAAAAAAUAAAUAAAUAACUAUCAAAUUUGAUGGAUAAACUUUCUAGAUUUGAAUAAAUUUUAUAAUUUUGCAUGAAUUAGAUUUCUGAAUAAAGAGAAUAGGAUUUAUAGUUAAUUAUAUAAAAUCUAAAUGUGUUUAUCCAAAAUAUAAAUAUAUGGGAAUAAAAAAUAGAUUAUUAUAAUCAGAAAGAAAUAGAUAAUGAAUAAAAGGAAGAGUAAGAAAUGCUUUAAGAAUUAAACAGGUAGUUAUAAACUUCAAUCUAAAUCAGAAAUAAAUUAAUAUUAUUAAUAGAAUAAUUAAAAUCUGAUAAAAAUUAGAAUUUAUAUAAAAUAUUUACAUCUAUUGAAUAAGAAGUUAAUAUUUCUAUUUAUACAUUGUAAUCAGCUGAUAAUACUUAUGAAAAUUUUUUAAAAAAACAAUAAUAAUAAAUUAUACAAAAACAAUUAAUUUAUUAAAAGCAUUAAAAAAUAACAAUUGAUUUAAUAGAAUAAACAGACUCUUUAAAAAAAACUCUGGAUAAUUUAGAAAAUUAAAACUAACGUAUGUAGAAUAUGAGUAAAGAUGAAGAAAGCCUUUCCAAUAUAAUGAAAGAAUUAGAAAGAAAUAAAACUAUUAUUUUAGAUGAUUAUUAAAUUAGAAUAUCUUAAAUUGUUAGUUAAAUUGAUAAUUUUGAAAAGACUAUCUUUACAAACAUUGAAGAAGUAAAAUUAGCAGAAAUUAAAAUAACUUUUUAAAUUGAUUUUAUAUCUCAAUAACUUACAAGUGAAGUUAAUAAACUAAAUAAUAUCGAAUAAUAAAUUAAUGAAUUAAAAAAUGAGAAUAUUGAUCAAUUAAGUUAAUCCUCAGAAAAAAAUUAAGAAGAUUUGAAAUCCAAAUUAAGUAAUUUAUAACUAAAUUAAAUAAAUUAAAGUUACAAUCAAAUAAAAAAUUAUAAAACCUAAUUUCAAGAUUAUGUAGAUGAUUAUAAUAAAAGAUUAAAUGAACAUAUAUAAAAAUGUAAUUUAAGUUUUCAAUUUAUUGAUUUAAAUUAGAAAUUAAAAAAUAAAGCUUUCAAUGAUUAAAUAUAAAUACUACAGUAAAAAGAAAAUAGUGAUAAAAAACUAGUUCAAAAAUAGAUUGAAAGAAUUUAAAUUAUUAAAAAAUAAGUUCAAGAGUUUAAUGAUUAAUAAAUGUUAGAGUUUAUAAGCAAUUAUAUAACAGAUUCUUAAGCAAUUACUGAUUAAGUGGAAUCUAUGUAAUCACAUAUAUAGAGUUAAGUUUAGUUUGUAACUAAGGAUCAAAAAAAUUAAUUUAAUAAACAAAUCGAAAAAUAUCUAGAAUAAAUCAAAUAAUUGUAAAAAAAGAAAAAAAAUAACUCUGCUUAUUUUGAUAAUCUUCAAUUUUAUGAGAGAAAUUUAGAAGUAAUCAAAAGUUUUGAUCUUCUAUUUUAAUUAUUUUUUUUGAUUAAGAGAGAAAUAGUGUAUUAUUAAUAGAAUUAAAUUAAUAAUUCAUAGGCUUAAAAAUUACAAAGGCAUUAAGAUGAACUAAAAAAUUAUAAUGAAAUUUUUUAAAAUAUAGAACUAUGCUUAAAUUUUUAUAUUCAAUAGAAUAACUAAUUUUAGGAUUAAAUUUUACUUAGUUCUAUAAGUAAAAUUGUAAAAAUAUUAAAUGAUACUAUUUAAAAAAAUAAAAAUGAUACUAAUUAAAAAAAUAAAAAUGAUACUAUUUUAACAAAUAAUAAUGAUACUUUAAAAAUAUUAAAUCAUACUAUUUAAUAAAAUGAAAUAGAUUUAGUGAUGUAAUUGUAAGAGUCAAAUAAAGAAUUAAAAAUUAAGAUUUCAUUAUUAUAAAAUAACAUAGAAUCUUAAAAUAAGGUGAAACUCAAUGCUAAAAUAAAGUAAACAAAUAUGAAUGAUUAAAAAAAACAAUUUAUAAAAGAUUUGAAGCAAGCAUUUUCUCAUCCCAUCCCUAAAUAUAGUGAUAUAAAUAUAAAAUAAUUGGUUAGUAUAAAAAAUUAGAAAUGA